AUGGGAAGCAUAAGGAGGAAAUUCUUUUCGAAUGGACCGGCUAUCCCUCCAAAGGUUUCCAUUUGCCCCCUCGUCAUCAUGCUCCUAGUGCACCCAUCGGAGAUUCUUCAUCCUUAUCCAAGUGCAAAUUCCUACCUCGGAUUGAGGUGCUCCAAUGAAGGGAGAAGCUUGGCCAUGCCGAUACAUUCAAAGGUGCAACAACUGGGAGAUGUGGAAAGAGAGGCAGAAGCGGAGUUCACAGAAGAACCCUCACACACACAUGAUCACGCACAUCAGAUGGGGCAUCGGGUGGAAAUCCUGAGUCCUCUCCAACAUAUGAAUAUCCCAACCAAUACCAGCACGAACAGCCAUAUGCCCAUCCAAUCUAAAACAAUAAACAAACGCCCCACGUAUUUCUCCACCUCCGACGAAGCGUUCUUAAAAUUGAGACUCAAAAUUAAUAACUAUAUAAACGAACACAGAACGGACCAAACGAAACACAAUAAGGAAAGCGCCCGAACAAGGGAAAACGCCCGAACAAGGGAAAACGCCCGAACGAAGGAAAACGCCCGAACAAAGGAAAACGCCCAAACAAAGGAAAACGCCCAAACAAAGGAAAACGUAAAGAAAAUAAAGCUCUUCGAACGACAAUUAAAGGAACAAUUGGAUACCUUAUACUUCUACGUUAGCAAAAAAGACAUGUACCAGUUAUGGGUAGAUAUUUACGACAAGAGAAGGCAUACCUACAUAGACAUGAUAAAGACAUUGUGGAAUAAAUGUGUUUAUAUAACAGAGAAGAAGAAAAUACCAAGGAAAUUUUUAUUCAAAGUUUGGUGGAACGCUUACUCCGAUUUCGUAGAAGAGCUCCAAAAUUAUGACGAGUUAAAUUUUAGUUCUUUUUACGACCUAUAUAACAAAGAACGCUGCCCCAGAUAUACCUUCAUGCAGUUCAUCAUGGAAAAUAAAAAAUCUUGGGAGGAAUUCAAUAAAAGGAUGAAAAAUAAGUGGAAGAAUAAAUUGCUCGAUGAUUUAAAAGGAUACUCCAAGUAG